GAGGCGGAUCGAGUGGUUCGAGCAGAACCCCCACGGUUGGGCGAAGAUAGACUUCGGACCCGACUUUGGCGUGGCGCUCGACAAGAAGGGCCACAUCUUCGUCUGGGGCGAGGGCUCCCCCGACGGCGUCCCUGUUGGGCCAGUGGCCGUUGAUCUGCAGGGCGAGGCCAAGGGUCUCGUAUUCGACGACGCGCAGUGCUCGUCCACCAAAGUGUUCGCGCUGACGAGGCGCGGACAGGUGGUCGUCUUCGAGGGCGUCCUGGAGGAUCUCAGGUCCCUUUCGAAGGCCAAGGCCUCCUCGCCCGCCGGCCCGGACCGGCCGCUGCAGUUAUCGGGCAGGCUGAUGCCCGGCCUGCCGCAGCCCACCUCGCUCAGCUUCGGUGGCACUGGCAUCAAGCAGAUGGACAUCGGCUUGGAGCACGCCGCUUUCGUGACCUUCCGCGGGCAGGUUUACACCGUGGGUGGCAACGAGUGGGGCCAGUGCGGCGUGCGACCGCCCCGGCAGAAGGGCCCCAUGGGCGCGCUGGAGGAGCGGCAGCGCAUGGAGGUUGAGGAGCCGGUGCUGGUACAGUUCCCGGAAACGGCCGCGCCCAUCGUCUCCGUCGUCGUCGGCGGACGCCACACCGUCUGCACCGACGCUACGCGCAGGACCUGGGCCUUCGGCGACGACCGGCGCAUCCAGCUGGGCCUCGGUGACACGCGCACCGCUGGGAACGACGAGCGCAACGCCUACGGCGUAUUGCACCAGGA